CGUUUCCGCCUUCACUCGCACUGGGUGAGAAAUGCUUACUGGCCCCAGACUGUUGAUGUCAAAAAGAAACUAAACGUAUGUGGUCAGCUUGUACAUCAGAAUGUGACGGUUCCUGUUUCGGGUUUACCAGUGAGCUGUUUCCCUCACAGUUAACAUAAACGUACGAGGUCCACUAAAACUGGCCUUCCUCAUUUAACAUGGCAGCAGUAGCUGCAGUGAGGGCUCUCCUCUCUUUACAUCAAUCAGUGACGUUGCAGCACAGCUUUGGGCACAUUCCAGCGCAGUCGCCAUCAACCUUCCUCCUAAGGGUUUUUUGCAGUGCCCCUAUAGAUGGUAAUGAGCUCAAGCCGCCGGUGGACACAGAGAAUGUAUCUCUGCUGGAGAAUCUGAAUCUCUUGGGAGUCGAUGUGAAGAUGGCACGCCUCCGUCAGCCCGGGGUGCUUCGUAAAGCCUCCACUAAUGAGCAAGGGCUCACAAGGUUUCUGCAGGGUAAAGGUGCCAGCCGCAAAGUCAUCGCCGGCAUCAUAUCCCGUUACCCCCGCGCCAUCACCCGCUCGAUCGACCACUUGGCCCAGCGCUGGGACCUAUGGCGAGACAUCUUCCAAAAGGAUGAAGAAAUUGUGAGCAUCCUGGAUCGCUCACCAGAGUCUUUCUUUCGCACCAGUGAUAACGGGAACUUGAAGAAAAACAUAGCCUUUCUGACCUCGCUGGGACUGAACGCCAAAGACCUCCAUCGGCUGCUGACCACAGCACCGCGGACAUUCUCCAACAGUUUGGCGCUCAACAAGCAGAUGGUGGAGUUCCUGGAAGACAUUUAUGCCAAACUUGGCGGAAAUAAUCCAGAACAGUUUCCUAGAUUUGUCAUAUCCAGAAACCUUUACAUUCUCAUCCGAAGCACGAAGAGAGUCAAGACAAACAUUGAUAUGCUGAGAGCUUCUCUUCAGUUGAGAGAUUCAGAACUGCUUGCUCUUCUAGAAGGCUCCGGGGCAGAAAUACUGGAUCUUUCCAAUGAAUAUCUGAAAAGGAAUUUUAAAAGUCUCAACCAGAGGAUGGCUUCACUUGGCUGUCGGAAAGCUGACCUAAAAAAACUAAUCCUCAGCUAUCCAAUAGUUCUGUACAUUGGGCCAGACACGCUGAAUACUAAACUGGACUGUCUCCUAAGUGGAGGAAUAACAAUGAAGCAAAUCCUGGAAAAGCCCAAAGUGUUAGACUACAGCACACAGAACAUUACAGGGCGACUCGGGGAGCUGCAGAGAUUGGGGUAUGACUUCCAGAAGAGUGGCAUCAACAUCCUGGACUCUAGCCGAAAGCGGUUUGAUGCAAAGAUGGGAAAACUUAAUGCCUCACCAGACGACUGAAUGGAGCCGUCUGUAUUAUGAUGUUACAGUGUUGGAUGCUGCUUUUACUUGAGCUUUGCGUCACGACAGUCAUGUUGUAACUAUAAUAUGAUUUCUGACUUUGUGGAUGUCUCUUUUUGUAAUGUUUCAAUACAUGUGGUAGGGCUACAAUGACAAUCAUCAUAAAAUAAAAUCCCAAUUUUCUGUACUCCAAGGUCGUAUUUCAAAUGUCUUCUUUAGGCCAACCAAUAAUCCAAGAACCCCAAAAAAUAUUUAUUUACGAUCAUCAGUUUCUGUCUAAUUUUCUGUAGCUCUAAUAGCUUUGUUGACAACAACUAUUUGCAUGUCCAUUAUUUUUUUUACUUGGGAAAAUAUGUAUACAUUACAUGUUUGAAAUAAAAGAGAUAUCCAAAAGGCA